CCAAGGCCGGCAGGGCCCGCCCGCCCCGCCGCCAUCUCGCGGCGCGGCCCCCGCCCCGCCCGCUCCAUUUCCCGGGAUCCCGGAGCCCGGCACCGCUCCGCAGGCACGGGAAGGACGGGACCGGCGCAGCAGGUCCGUUUCACCAUAUAGUGCCAAAGGAAAGAGGAUGGAAGCAGGAAACGCUGCCAAGGAAAGAGUCCUCAUUACUGGCGGAGGGGGUUAUUUUGGCUUCCGUUUAGGUUGUGCCAUAUAUCAAAAGGGAGUUGAUGUGAUUCUCUUUGAUGUCGUGAAGCCGCUUCAAGCCAUGCCAGAGGGAAUAAAGUUCAUGCAGGGGGAUAUCUGUUGCCUGUCUGAAGUGGAAGAUGCUCUCAGAGAUGUAAUCUGCGUAUUCCAUAUCGCUUCCUAUGGAAUGUCUGGCAGGGAGCAGCUGAACCGAAAACUUAUAGAAGAUGUUAAUGUGAAAGGAACAGAAAAUGUCAUCCAAGCCUGCAAGAGCACAGGAGUGUCGAGUCUGGUUUAUACAAGCACAUACAACGUGAUAUUUGGAGGGCAGAUUAUAGAAAAUGGGGACGAAUCUCUGCCUUACCUCCCUCUUCACCUCCAUCCCGAUCACUACUCCCGAACCAAAUCUUUAGCUGAAAUGAAGGUGCUGGAGGCAAAUGGUGCUGAGCUUGGAAAUGGGAAAGGUGUAUUAAGGACUUGUGCUCUGCGACCAGCAGGCAUCUACGGGCCUGGAGAACAGAGACACCUUCCAAGAAUAGUCAGUUAUAUUGAAAGGGGACUGUUUAAAUUUGUCUAUGGAGAUCCUCUUAGUUUGGUAGAAUUUGUACAUGUAGACAACCUGGUUCAGGCUCAUAUCCUUGCCUUUGAGGCCCUCAAAGCCAACAAGCAGCACAUUGCUGCAGGCCAAGCUUAUUUUAUUUCAGAUGGCAGGCCUGUAAAUAACUUUGAAUUUUUCCGACCCUUAGUGGAAGGUUUGGGUUACAAGUUCCCAACCUGUCGCCUCCCUCUCUCCCUUGUCUAUUUUUUUGCAUUCCUUACUGAAGUAGUUCAUUUUCUUGUAGGACACAUUUAUAAUUUUCAGCCCCUCCUGACUCGCACAGAGGUUUACAAAACUGGUGUCACUCAUUAUUUUAGUAUGGAGAAGGCCAGGAAGGAGCUGGGGUAUGAGCCUCAGCAGUACAGCCUGAAUGAAGUGGUGGAAUGGUUUAGAUCCCAGGGAUGUGGACGAAAGCCAAGAAAUUAUACCAUUAUGCAGCUUGUUAGGGAUGGAGGACUGCUUUUCCUGCUGAUUGCUGUGAUGGCCUCAUGGUUUCCAUCUGCAGUUACAUUUUCACUCUAAAAGAUGAAAUGCUGAGGACAGAAUUUAGUUACGUUCUCCGCAUACUCUUGGUUUUGACAGACAGGUAAUAAAGAUUUUUUUUUAAAAAUACACAUUUUUGUGAUUCAGGUAAAUAUCUUUAAACAGUUUUAUCCCCAAGGAAUGGAACCAUUGAGUAAAGAGGUGUAAUUUUUAUAUAUAGUUUCUCUUCAAAGUAAAACUGAUCAGAUCACUAACAAGAUGAAGCUCAGUAUUACUGCAAACAGCAUUUUAUUCUCAGGUACAACAGCACACUACAGUGAAUGGAACAAAUGUCCUUAGGCUGGCUCUUCUUCCUCCCUGAUGGGAUUAUACUCUUGAUUCCUGCCCUUUAUUCCUAAAGAGUUUGUGCUACAUGAUCCAGAGGAGAAUAAACGUAUUCUUUGAUCACAUUCCAAAACCCAGUUCUGCUUUCCAGCUUGGCUGCAUAUAUGCCUAACCAAGAUUAACUGAUAAACUGCUAGACAAUAAACAAAUGUGGUUUCUUUA